AUGGGAGACGUGCAUAACAGGAGAAGUCCUCCAUUCCCAUCGCCAACGGGAACUGUAUCACCCGUCGCCAUCCCUCAACCUCCCCACGUACAGCCGACCCAGUCGCUGCCGAGCUAUCAAAUCGCCGAUCAUCAUCAUAAUGCGGGCAGUUUAUCGAUGGAUGGUAUCGUGGACAGCGUGGACGGCUCGUUAAAAGCACCUCGAAUGCCCCGUUUCUCCCGCGGAGACUCUGCAGAGCAGCCAAAUGGCCUGACCCCGAUCACGGAAGACGCACGACCGGAACAUGAGCGGCAGGAAGAUCAGGGACGGAGUUCGCAGACAUUAAAGGAACUGCGCAGGCAGAUGGAGGAAUUGUUGGUUUAUCAACAAAUGCAACAACACCAAAAUCAAUCCUCGGCCUCAAAUCAAACUGCUCCUGGUCAUUCGAAUGAAACACCGAAGAAACGCCGGCUCUCCACGGAGAUACCGCCGUCGAAUGUUCAGCCAUCGUCAGGUUCAAUCGGGUCUGGAGGAACCAUCAAAGCAGACGAUCACCAUGGCACGACCGCGAUGGACCAUGCGGUCUCUCAAACGCCUUCCUAUCCUUUUCCAAGAGUCCAGCACCAGACUACGCAUCCGGAAGUCGAGCAAACAGGCCGCCAGGGACAAUUCCGGUUGAAGCUGCCUUCGGAGAGGCUUCGAUCAUCGACACCAGGAUCGCAAACAUCCGAGGACCAGCAACCUGCCCCGAAGACCUAUAGCACACAGCCUACAUUUCUUCCGUCCCAGAGUAAUCAUCCCGCCGAAGAUUCGGAAUACCCGACCCCCAGCCUUUACAAUUUAUCUCUCAAGUUGAAUGCUGAUCCGGGACUGGAAGCCUGGUGGUCCAACUUGAUCGAAAUCCUGCAAACUCACUAUGGCGCAGAGCGUGUGUCACUGGCCGUCCCAGGGGACUUGACAGAUCUUGAGAAUGUGCCCUGGGGGCAGAAAGCAAUUUUUAACCAGAACCUGACCUCCAUGCCUGAGGAUGUGCAUUCAUCUACGGUUCCUGGUAACACGUUGUCAGAGUCCACUACUGGCGUCCGUGCAUACCACGAUGAAGGAUACCACGAUCAAAAUUCAGGGUUGGCCUCGGAUUUGAAGAGCCCUACAUCUGCUCGGCCGCCUCUGGAAUCGCGCCACUCCUUUGCUGGGUUUGGAUACAACAAAAAGCCGGCCCAAAUACCAGAAUCGGACCGCCUCCAGCAGACUCCAAAGGCUUCCACCAGGUGGGAGAAAAAGCACGCUCGUAUUGCAGGAACAUCUAAUUUGGGGGAGACGGCGGCGGCGUUGAGCAGCCAAAGACAACCGAUGACUCAAUCCGAAUUGAACGACCCUCCUAAUCCAGUGGCCUCACCAUUGCGACAAGCUGUCUUCCCAAUCCCGAGGCCAUUAGAAGUGGAGUCAGACCCCUUGGUCAAGCGGGCUGGUGUGGUCAAGCUUUUUGGACGGGUCACCCCUGUCGUUCUUACUCGCGAGUACUCUGCGAAUACGAAUGAUAAUCAAGUGGGCGGGAACAAUACGCCUCGGAGUCCGAACGAGAUCGUCCAGAGGACCCCGAAUGCUGAAGGACCCGAACAUACGACUGCAUAUUAUGGGAAAGGUGCCACCCCUAUCAGCAAUGUCGCAGCUGGACUGCGACAUUAUGAUGAAUAUGAGCAGCUUCCACAGUCUCCGUGGUCUCAAUCCCCGGCGCCUUCACCGGCCCCUCGCACACAUGCAGACCAAAACCCUUUCUUUACAUGUCACACCGUCGAUGAAGGUGCUUUUUCGAAGAACCCGCCACACCAUGACUACUCCAACUCGCAACCCUUGGAGGCCAUCGGUAUCGACCAUUCAAAGACGGUCGUUCACAUACCUCUUUUACACGGUGGUCAUGUCAAUCAAGGCCCUCACUCGACCUUGAGAUUUCCGGUUGCUAUUAUCUCCAUGCUCUCUACAAUUGUGCCAUAUCCGCCUAAUCUCCGCCAAUCCCUUGCGCAUCUGAUGCCGCACCUUACAAUAUCCUUUUGCCUUGCACAACAAUACAGUCAGCUAGAGCGACAAUUGACAUCCAAAGUGGACACCCCUCGGUAUGGACACCUUCUUGGACUCGGUGGUACUUUUUCGGACGCGAGCAGCGAACUGGAGCUUGUAGCAGGUCUAAGUGGUCAUGUGAGCUACUCAGUUGGCGACGACAACUCAAUGUCUGCGCAAGCUAGUAUUGCUAGUCCUAGCGAUCGAUCGUCGAACAAAUUUAGUCCCGCCAUAUCCAGCUUCGGUACCCCUGGAUUUGAGCUUGGUCAGGUGGCGUUGAACUCAGCAACUCAAUCUCCAGCCCUGGUCUCUCGUUAUGGGGAUAACACCGACAGCUAUUUCAAUGUCCAACAUACCAAAGCCUCUCGUGACAACAUCCCAAAUCAGCGAUCUCGCCUUUUCAAAUCAAAAUCAAGCCUCACGUCCUCAACCCCGACAUCUCCGGGCAGGCUGACAAGCAAAUCUUGCGCCACGGAAGAGGGUAAUAAUGGUCAAGAUCCAGCUUCAAUCGUGGCAUCUCCGCUACAGGAGAUGCGACCGCCAACUGUUCUGUCGCCAACUCAGCAGUCAUCACGGCAGGGGUCAACCAAUUCCUUCUUUGCCCAAUUUCAGCGUGAGAUGCCCCGCCCGUUCUCGGACACAAUCGCGCAGUUAAUGCUUAAUUCCGUCCCUCUUCAUCUGUUCCUGGCGAAGCCCCGGAGUGGCGAAGUCAUCUGGACCAAUGCCAAGUUCGAUGCCUAUCGGAGGAGUAAACCUCAGGAGCAGCGAUUACGGGAUCCCUGGCAAAAUAUCCACAGCAGUGAACGAGGUCAUGUGUCCAGCGAGUGGUCCAACGCCCUACGUACGGGUUCACAGUUCACUGAACGCGUCCGUGUCAGACGGUUCAACGACGAGACUGCAUAUCGUUGGUUCAUCUUCCGAGCAAAUCCUCUGUUGUCAUCGACGGGUGAGGUCCUCUACUGGAUUGGCUCCUUCCUUGACAUCCACGAGCAACACAUUGCGGAGCUUAAAGCGACCCAAGAAAGAGAAAAGUUUGCUACCGAUGCAAAAUACCGGGCAUUCUCUAAUUCAAUUCCCCAAGUCGUCUUCGAAGCUACAGAGAAUCGGGGAUUGAUGUUUGUCAACGAGCAGUGGAAUCUGUAUACCGGCCAAAGUCUCGAGCAGGCUUUGAAUCUCGGGUUUGCGAAACAUGUUCAUCCCAAUGACCUCGAAAAGUGUGGUGGGCUUGCAAUGCAAAGGAAACAAGCCGCCUCAAGCGAUGAAACCACGACGGAUGGUGGACAAGGUAGAUCGCGGUCAGACAGCCAUGGGGUUUCAUCUGCGCUUGACGAACUUGUGAGACGCGGUGUCGCUUCCUUGCAAAAGGAUGAGAAUGGACGCGUCUUCUAUUCUACCGAGAUUCGCCUCCGGUCUCGAGGAGGUGACUUCCGGUGGCAUCUCGUGCGCUUAGUCCGAGUUGAGACCGGCAGUUUCGGCAGCGAAGAAGCCUCAUGGUAUGGCACGUGUACUGAUAUCAACGACCGGAAGAACCUUGAGCGAGAGCUCAACAAGGCAAUGACCCAACUCAACAAUCAGAUGGAGUCCAAGACAAAGUUUUUCAGCAACAUGUCUCACGAAAUUCGAACGCCUCUCAAUGGUAUCCUUGGCACCAUUCCAUUCAUCUUGGAUACUCAGCUUGACACCGAUCAAAGACGAAUGCUUGACACAAUCCAAAACAGCUCAACUAACCUUCGGGAAUUGGUUGACAAUAUUCUGGAUGUAUCUCGUGUUGAAGCCGGGAAAAUGUCGUUGGUCAACUCGUGGUUCCAUGUUCGGUCUAUGAUCGAGGAUGUGAUUGAUACUGUCGCUUCACGAGCAAUCGAUAAGGGCCUGGAGAUCAACUACCUGAUGGAGGCAGACGUUCCGUCAAUGGUGAUUGGUGACCGUUUCCGGAUCCGUCAAAUUUUGAUCAACCUUAUUGGCAAUGCUGUCAAAUUCACCGCGCAUGGUGAAGUCUACAUCUGCUGCAGUCUUUUCCGUGACCCCUCGGUGAAACUCAAGGAUACCGAAGCGUUCCUGAAUUUCGAUGUCGUGGAUACCGGUAAAGGAUUUAGCUCACAGGAUGCAGAACGUCUCAUGCAGAGGUUCAGUCAACUAGGAGAAACUGGAUCCCAACAACAUGCUGGUAGCGGCUUGGGCUUGUUCUUAUCAAAGCAACUGGUCGAGAUGCAUGGUGGCAAGCUCACCCCAAGCAGCAAAGAGGGUCAGGGGGCCCAAUUCUCCUUCAAUGUCAAGGUUGAUGCUCCUCCCCCGCCAUCGCCUUCUGAGCGGCCCUCAUUACUUCGCCAGGCUUCCACUGUCUCAAGACGACCGACAGCGUCCAGGACGACCUCCUUUGAGCAGGGUAGCUUGUUGGCGCCGAAUCCAGUGUUGAAUUUCGCCAGCCUCUCCCCUGGACUCGAGUCGCCAGAGUUUGAUCCUGGAUCAAAACGCCUGUACCCUCUGUCUGCCGCGUUGUCUGCCUUGCCAACGCCGGAUAUUUCUACAGCACAAACGCCGCCUGCUGCUACUUUAAGUGUCCAGCCUCAGAGCGAAUCCAAAGAAGAGGCACUUAGUGCACCAACUCGCCUGAUUCCGCCACGGUCUCGAGGCUCCCCGUCUCCAAGCAGAGUUUCGAUUGGGUCACCACCCGUGUCUCCACAGGGUCCUUUCUCCAUCAUCAUUCUAUGUCCUUUAGACAAUACUCGCAAAGCCACGAAGCAGCAUAUUGAACAAGUCGUCCCACACGAGAUUCCUUAUACGAUUACGACUUUACCGGAUAUUGACGAGUGGAAGGACAUGAUGCAGCCUGGCUCCAAGACUCCCUGUACACACUUGGUUCUCAACCUGCCUGCAACCGAUGAUAUCUUGGAAGUGAUUCAGCACGUGUCCGAAUCCGAGCAGGAUAGUGCUCCUGUUGUUGUGAUUAUCUCGGACUUGUAUCAGAAACGCCAGAUCAUCACCCGCGUCAAGGAGUUGGCUGCAACAGGGAAGCAAGUCUUCAUCGUGCCGAAGCCCGUCAAACCCUCUGCCUUCUCCACAAUCUUUGACCCAGAUAGCAAACGCGAACUGAGCAAAGAUCGCAAUCAAGACAUGGCGCGAGAAAUCAACAACAACUUCAAAACCGUGUCCAAGAUGGUCAAGGAGGUCCUCGGCAAUAAGGGCUACCGGAUCUUACUCGUCGAGGAUGACGAAACUAAUCGCGAUGUUAUGCUGAAAUACUUGGACAAGAUCAAGCUCAUGUCUGAAACAGCUUCGAACGGGCAAGAGUGCACUGACAUGGUGCUUUCCAAGGAACCGGGUUACUACUCCCUCAUCAUCUGUGAUAUCCAAAUGCCCAUCAAGAACGGCUACGACACAUGUCGAGAUAUUCGCGAAUGGGAACAGAAGAACCAUUAUCCUCAAAUUCCGAUUAUGGCUCUGUCGGCCAAUGCGAUGACAGAUCAGAUCGAGAAUGCUGCGCGUGCUGGUUUCAAUGACUAUGUCACUAAACCUAUCAAGCAUAACGAGCUGGGAAAAAUGAUGAUGGGGCUGCUGGACCCUGGCCGACCUCUUCAGCUUCUUCGGGAUCGUCUCAGCGGCGGAGGUGAACCGUCUCCCUCAAUCCGGCGCUAG